CGAAAUAUUGCGCGUUCUUACGCAACAUCCUUGCAAUGGUUGCUGUGGAAGGAAAUAUCAGCUGGUCUUCUUCAAACAGUGUUGUGUUAAACCGAGUGGAAACAUUGCCUGCUGUAUCAACAUUAUUAAUGCUUGUGCGAGUCCUUUCCGUGACUACCCUGGUAUUCUGGAUACUGUCGUCAUAUUUCCUCGCUAUUUAGAUCAGAGAUAGAAUAACCCUAGAGAAGUGGGCAUUUUUUUUGUCUCUCGGGCCUUAACUCUUUUGCAAGUGAAGUUAUUAUUCAGGCGUAAUUAUCUUCUGUUAAAUGUCCAUUAUUAGAUAAAUAUGUAAACUAUGUACUGUCAAUAAAUCACGCAGGUUAUGGCAAAUUGGCAAUGUUUUGUAGGAAUCACAGCGUGUGCACAUGUAGGCUAUCAAUAACAGAAUAGUUUCUGCCUUUUAGAGCCUUCAGAAUACUACAGAGUGGUUUCAGUCAGCAAAUUCCGUAAAACAAGGGCUGCACUGCACACGGUUUUAUACAACUUUCCUCUUGGUUACCAGCAGAUGGCAGCGUACAGCAUAGUAGACCUCCCCAAUUCAGGCAUGACCUCAGAAGUAGCUUGAUAUAGCAGACUGAAUAUGAGAGAUCAGAGACUGAGCGUCUGAAAUGUUUCAGUUGCCUGGCUGAGUAGUCAUAUCGAGCCUGGUAAACAACGUAGGUUCAUAUUGGAGGUUGAACUGUUGCCUCGGUUAGGCUAUUAUGCGUAUUCGUGUUAGUGACAUUUUUGGAAUUAUAAUUAUGAGACCUGUUGUUUUAUUUAAGCAUACUACAAUCGGCAAGUAUAUUUAACGAAAUAUGAAAAGUCAUGUGAAGGCCAAGAUAAUGUAUUUUAUUAAUUUUGUGACCGAUCUGAACUUGUGCUUGAGUUUCAGGACAACAAUUUAUAUUUUACCGUGCAAUAGCCUGCAUUGAUAUAGGCAUACUGUCGAUAUUUAUUGGUUGAAUUUGUAAAAAAUCUGCGGUUUUUAGACUCCCAACUUGAUGUUAUGUUAUUCAAGGGUAAAUUUGACACAGAAAACUAAGUGAAAAUCAAGUAAGCGAUUUAUUAUUUUUCUGUGGGGUGUUAUGAUAUUAAUUAAGUAAAUAUUAAGUGAGUUAAUCUUUCAUUUGUAAUCCAGAUCUUUGGAAUUGUGAAUUGUUGUUGACUGUUGAACAUAGGAUUGAGCACAAGAUAUCUGUUCCUUUAAGGGAGACGUGGGUGUGCCCAAAUUCUAUUCGACCUGGCUGAGGUGGAGGUAGCGCGACAGUUUUUCGCAAAUAGCCGGUCCAGGAUCAGUUUAAGAACCUCCAAAUCCAAAUACCAACAUUUUAGGGUGAAAGUUAGACGCUGAUCCGGAACUACCGAAUAGAUAGACGGGACUACCAAUUGACUCCAAGGAGACUCUACUUUUUGAUCGACACAAACUUGCAUUUGAAUGCGCAAGGAUAACGUACAUUGGUAAACUUUUUACCGCCGUGAAAGGGGUUUUGCUUUACGCUACCCGAUUUUAUUUUGGGCUUGAAACAUUGGUUGAGAGUGAAGGGAAAGUUAUGGGACUCGAAGCAAAACGUCUGUUUUCAUGGUUGUUCGUGGCUUCUUGUUUGCUAGUAUCAAGUUUACACUCGGCGCAGGCUGCUUACUUGUAUACAGCAUAUGUGAAUGUAUCUUAUGUUGACUCUCAGAACAUAACCGUAUGGCAACGCAAAGAAGGUGGACUUUACGGGCAGGAUUCGCCGAAGACUUCAGUGGCAGGGAGUGUGUUUUUACCCGAACCGAUACACGGCUGUGAAAUUGAUACUUUUUAUGACGCUCCUAGUAAUGCUAGGGGAUGGAUCGCUCUCAUACAGCGCGGGCAUGGAUGUACUUUUUCAGACAAGAUCAAAAUUGCGGCGAGCAAUGGAGCUAUCGCGGCAGUAAUAUUUAAUGAAGCAGACACAGGUUAUAGCGUUAUACAAAUGGCUCACCCAGGUGCACGUGACAUAGUGGCCAUCAUGAUCGGCAAUAGUUGGGGCAUGGAAAUUGUCAAGCUGGUCAAGAGUGGAGUCCAGGUCACGAUGGCCAUUGCCGUGGGAAAUCCACACGGGCCCUGGUUGAGCCAGUAUUCCCUCAUACUGGUGUCCCUCUCCUUCUUCGUGGUGACCGCCAUCACCGUGGGUUACUUCAUAUUUCACUCGGCCCGCCGGCUCUACAGCGUGCGGGCCCACAACCGCAGACAGAAACAACUUAAAGAUGAGGCCAAGAAGGCCAUUGGGCAGCUGCAGGUGCGAACAUUGCAGCAAGGUGACCAGGAGACUGGGCCUGAAGCGGAUACCUGCGCAGUGUGUAUCGAUGCCUACAAGCCUGGCGACGUGGUGUCCGUACUGACCUGCAGCCAUUUUUUCCACAAGACGUGCAUCGAACCCUGGCUGCUGGAGCAUAGGACCUGCCCCAUGUGCAAAUGCGACAUCCUGAAGUCCCUAGGGGUCGAGAUGGAAGGAGAGGAGCCUGAACCGCACGGUAACGAGCUGCAGGUGGCCGUCCUGCCGGAGUCGCAGCCGCGCCCCACCACCCUGACGGUUAGCGAGACCGACGCCCGGAGCGAAACGGCCUCGUCGGGGUACGCCUCUGUGUACGAACCCGAGGACGUCCCGUCGGGCACACAGACCCCUUCGUGCAGCAUGCCUCACCAGAACCAGCAGAGCCCAAAUGUUGAAGGAGUGCAGGGGGCCGGCCCAAAUGGUGAAGGAGUCCAGGGGGAGGGCCCAAAUGGCGGAGGAGUCCAGGGGGAGGGAGUCCCACCCCCACCCCAUUAUGAUAACCUGGCCUUUGAGGGGGACACACAGAGCCCCCUAGAGGUUAAGUCAUGAGGUUGCACACAGAACAUACUUGCCCCUGAAAUACCAAUGCCUUUUUUUCUGCCUGCGUUAAGAAUCAAAGGGCUCCUUUAUGAGACAAGAUAAUUAAGGGCAGCAAUAAAUUGCAUUUUGAGAUCAUUUGUAGAAAAAUCUAUAUUGCUGCACAUAAUUAAAAAAAUCAUAAUUCCAUCUUGAUUUCCAUCCAGAGAGCACUAUUGAGGUUUAAUUUAUUAAGUUAGAAAAAUUAUUGCUUGUGGUAAAACAUUAAAACCUUGUGAUAGACUUUUAAAAAAAUUAAGUCGGGUGUUGCUGCCAUCUGCUGGAAAUGAAUAUCAGAGUAGUGUCUUAUUCCUGCUCCAUACACUGUAAAUGCAGAAUUUUAAGUCUUAUGUACAGCAAAGUGGUGCAUAUGUUUAUUUUCUACGUCUUCAGCCUUCACUUUUAAAAAGCAGAUCACUGUUUGAACACGGGAUUGGGUAUGUAAAUAUGGUAAACCUUAACAAUAUGUCAUAAAGCCUACCUAACACUGCCACGGGCAGAACAGCACUAGUCAUAACCAGCCAUAACUAGCCACGACAGUGAAUCCUUAGUCAAGACAAACGUCAUAACUAGUUCAAAAUCAUAAACUGAUUCAAAAUAACUUGUAUAUAUGGUUUCGGCAUACAUCGGCAGUGGUGUUACACCUGUCACAAGCUGUAAUGCACUGUCAUGAUUAGUCAUGGCUGGUAUGUCAUGACCGUUAUGUAAGCACAAUGGCACAUACCUCAAGCAAAGUGUUAACGGACAUAUUUGUUAUUUUCUCAAGCUUUUCCGCUUUAAUCCCAUGUACCUCAGGGUUUCUUCAUGAGUUUUAGUCUGCAUGUUUUGCCACUGACUGGGAAAUGUGGGUGACAAUUAAUUUAUUCUUGAUUUUUUCCCCAAUGCAAUAUAUGCUGUAACAUUUUUAAAAUGAAAUGUAACCUUAAACAUAGUAUUUUCAACAAAAAUUUUGAGUGCACUUUACUGUAAUGAUUUUUUUUUCUGUGCUGUCAAGGCAUUUCCGUGCUAUCAUUGUUUUGUUUUUAAUAGUGACUCUUCUUAAAUUCUGGUCUUUCAGAGUGAUAUUGUGUAUCCAAAGCCUUGUGUUUAAAUAAGGGAUUCAUAGUGUUGGGUCUGUCUGUUUUCCCUAAACUCCAUGUGUGGUGAAUUUGAUAAAGGAUCUAUUUAUGAUUGUGUAAAUAAAAUUUGAAAUAAAUUGUAUAUAAAUUUA